AUGACAGAUCGAAACAAUGCCACCACUGCCACCGCCGCUGCAAUCACCACCACCAACAAUUCAGCUACUAAACCAAUAUGGAUGAAGCAAGCAGAGGAAGCAAAAAUAAAAAGCGAGGCAGAAAAAACUGCGGCAGCGAAAGCUGCAUUCGACGCGACAUUCAAAGCUUUAUCAGACAAGGCUGAAAAACCCGCGGAUUCGGAAUCUGAGGAAGAAGAUGCAGAGGAGGAUUUGGGUAAUAAGCCUGUGGGACCAGUUGACCCCGGGAAGUGCACGGCGGCAGGUGCGGGCAUUGCCGGUGGGACCGCUUGUGCACCUGCUACGUUUGCGGUCGUUACUAAGGAUGCGGAUGGGAGGAAAGUUCCGAAUGGAGGUGCGGUGAUUAAGGUUAGGGUUUCACCAGGAGUGGGAGUUGGGGGAACGGAGCAGGAAGGGAUUGUGAAGGAUAUGGGAGAUGGGACGUAUACUGUUACGUAUGUGGUGCCGAAAAGAGGGAAUUAUAUGGUUACUAUUGAGUGCAAUGGGAAAGCUAUCAUGGGGAGUCCUUUCCCUGUGUUCUUCAGUGCAGGCACUUCAACUGGAGGUUUGCUGGGCAUGGCUCCUACAACCACGUUUCCAAACCUAGUGAACCAGACCAUGCCUAACAUGCCAAAUUACUCAGCCAAUGUUUCAGGGGCGUUUCCUGCCUUACUAGGAAUGACUCCAGGCAUUGGUUCCAGUGCUUCAGGUGCUGCUAUUUUGCCUGGAGUUGGAUCAUCUCUUGGGGAAGUUUGUCGAGAGUAUCUCUAUGGUCGGUGUGCUAAAGCCGAUUGCAAGUUGAGCCACCCUCCACAAAGUUUACUGAUGACUUUGUUAGCCCCAACAACCACAAUGGGGACUCUUAGUCAGGUGCCUAUGGCGCCUUCUGCAGCUGCAAUGGCUGCUGCUCAGGCUAUUGUUGCUGCCAAAGCCCUUCAAGCUCAUGCUGCUCAGGUGCAAGCGCAUGGUCAGUCAGCCAAAGAUUCAUCUGGCUCACCUGAUACAGCUCGGAAGGAGGAUGCACUGAAGAAAACACUCCAUGUUAGCAAUCUCAGCCCGCUUCUGACAGUGGAACAGCUGAAACAACUGUUUAGCUUUUGUGGCACAGUUAUUGAGUGUGCCAUUGCUGAUUCAAAACACUCUGCGUACAUAGAAUACUCGAAGCCUGAAGAAGCAACUGCUGCCUUAGCCUUGAACAAUAUGGAUGUUGGGGGUCGGCCUUUGAAUGUUGAGAUGGCUAAAUCUCUUCCUCAGAAACCUCUUUUGAAUUCUUCACUCGCUUCUUCUUCUCUGCCGAUGAUGAUGCAGCAAGCUGUUGCCAUGCAACAGAUGCAAUUUCAACAGGCUUUGAUCAUGCAGCAAACUAUGACUGCACAGCAGGCAGCUAACAAAGCUGCAACAAUGAAGUCUGCAACAGAGUUAGCUGCAGCUAGAGCUGCAGAAAUAAGUAAGAAGUUAAAAGCUGAUGGGCAUGACAUUGGAGCAGAGGAAACAAAAGCAGAAUCCAAGUCACCAUCCCCACCUCGAGCAAGGUCCAGAUCCAAGUCGAGAUCACCAAUUAAUUACCGAAGAAGGUGGAGGUCACCUUCUUACUCACCGCCAUCUCGUCACAAUAGAGACCGUAGAUCUAGGUCCCCCAUGAGAUUUCGCUAUCACUCAAGGUAUAACUAUGAAAAGCGAUCAUAUAGAGAUGGUAGAGGUGACGGUGAUAGAACUAGAAGGCGGGAUUUGGAUAGAUCACGCGGGCGUCAUUCACCUGUUUCAAGGAGAAAUACAAGCAGGAGUGCAAGCCCUCGAACAAGAAAAUCCCACAGAGCUGAUUCAGGCUCACCAAAACGUCGCCAAGAAAGUUCAGCUCAUAGAUCAAGAAAAGCAUCAGACAGUGGUUCAAGAUCACCUAGGCGUCACGGAGGGAGUCGGCCAUCCCCAAGGAAUAACACAGAUAGCAAACUCAGAUACAGAAUGCGCUCACGCUCUAGGUCCAAAUCUGUGGAAGAGUCCAAUGACAGAGGGGAUGAAAUCCGAGAUAAAAUGUCAAAGCAACACGAGAGGAGAUCAAGGUCAUUAUCUGUGGAGCAUAAACACCAUGGAAGGAGGCCCUCCCCAAGAAGUUCAGAUGAAGAUGAAUCAAAACACAGAAGCCGGUCCAGGUCAAAAUCUGUGGAAGGUAAACGCCAUUCUAAUGAGAAAGUGGAUAAAACUGGGAAUGGGAGGCAAAAGCACCGUGACAGGAGGUCCAGGUCAAAGUCUGUUGAUGAUAGGCACCGUUACAAGGAGAGAGGAAAUGAAAGCAGAGAUAAAAAAGCUAAACAUCGAGACAGAGGGCGGUCUAGGUCAGUAUCUGCAGAGGGAAAGCAUCACAGAAGCAGUAGGUCAUCCCCAAGAGGUAGGGAUGAGAGCAAGUCAAAGCACAGACGGCACUCCAGGUCAAUAUCUCCAGAAGGCAAGCGGCGUUCCAGACACAAGAUAGAUGAAAAUAAAGAUGACAAGUCUAAGCACCGCAAUAGACGAAGGUCACCAUCGGCUGAAGAUAAACAUUGCAGAACUCCAAGAAGUUCAGAGGAAAAUAAAUCAAAACGCAGGAGGCGCUCUAGAUCAAAAUCUGUGGAACGCAAGCGCCACUCAAAUGAUGAGAAAGAGAUUAGAAGAGAUGAAAACGAGACUCAUCACGAGCAUAGAUCUGACAAAACAGAAGGUGCCAACAAGGAAAAAAAUUCUCUUACUGAUGAAGAAAUGGUGGAUCUAAAACGUAAAGAUUGUGAUUCAAAGGAACUGGUGGAAGAUAUGGUAAUCGAUGUAAAUCAAGAUAUGGGGGGCAAAUGCGUCCCGAAUUUGAGCAAUGAAGAACCGCUGUUACUGAAAGCUGAGUAUCCACAUCUGAACUCGAAUGGUAAUGACAACUAA